AAUCGAUCAGAUCGGUGGUUUCAGAGGAUGAAGAUGGCGGCCAAUGGCCGGUUUUUCACAAUCGGGCUCGUCGCGUCGUGGUACUCGUCCAACAUCGGGGUUCUGUUGCUCAACAAGUACUUGCUAAGCAACUACGGAUUCAAGUAUCCGAUCUUCCUCACCAUGUGCCACAUGACGGCGUGUUCCCUUCUCAGCUACGUCGCUAUCGCCUGGAUGAAGAUGGUCCCGAUGCAAACCAUCCGAUCCCGAGUCCAGUUUCUUAAGAUCGCAGCGCUAAGCCUCGUUUUCUGUGUGUCGGUGGUCUUCGGGAACAUCUCCCUCCGGUUCCUUCCCGUUUCGUUUAACCAGGCGAUCGGCGCCACGACGCCCUUCUUCACCGCCGUGUUCGCUUAUAUCAUCACGUUUAAGAGGGAAGCUUGGUUGACUUACUUUACCCUUGUCCCCGUCGUCACCGGCGUUGUCAUUGCCAGUGGGGGUGAACCAAGUUUCCACUUGUUCGGAUUCAUUAUGUGCAUUGCAGCAACAGCUGCGAGAGCACUUAAAUCAGUUCUUCAAGGAAUUUUGCUAUCUUCAGAAGGGGAGAAGCUAAACUCCAUGAACCUCCUCCUUUACAUGGCUCCCAUAGCUGUUGUGUUCCUUCUUCCGGCUACCCUUAUCAUGGAGAAGAAUGUUGUUGGGAUUACAAUCGCACUUGCCAGAGACGAUUUUAGAAUCGUUUGGUAUCUGCUAUUCAAUUCCGCGCUCGCUUAUUUCGUGAACUUGACCAAUUUCUUAGUCACGAAACACACCAGCGCUCUGACUCUCCAGGUGCUAGGAAACGCCAAAGGUGCAGUAGCAGUGGUUGUUUCCAUCCUAAUAUUCAAGAAUCCGGUCUCAGUAACUGGAAUGUUAGGUUACUCUCUCACGGUCUUUGGAGUUAUCCUCUAUAGCGAAGCCAAGAAACGAAGCAAAUAA